UUAAAUACAAAAUAUAUUUAGGUAAAUACGGGUCAAACAUAGUCUGAACUUUCGGUUGAUGGAAAUGUAAAUACGAACUUUGGCAGAUUUGGUACUACAACGGAUGUGGUUGUUUUUAUGAGAUGGAUAUUCAAGUCGGUGAACACGACGACAUUAUAAAUCUAAACGGACACGUAUUUUAUAAAAAAUAGAAAGCCAGGCGUAAUGAAAAAUAAUUAUAUUGACGGUUUGGAUUUGUAGACUGAAUGGAGAUCGCGUGCGAAAGGAGACAUAAAUUUACUUUUCUCUUUGCAUCCACAGUUGUUCAUAGUUUGGGUUUCUUCGUCAGUUCUUUGGCAACGGUUGCACGUAUGUACUAUUCAAUUAUCACACCGGGCGCGGAUUAUUUUACAAAGUUCGGUUACGCCUUGAAAUACGUAAAUACUCUGAAUGCCGUAAUCCAAUCUAUAUAUCACUUCGUCGCACUCACCGUUGAUAUUAUGAUCAAUGCCUCGUAUACUAUGGAUGCUCCUCCCAUGAUGGUGACGGCGAGAUCUAUUUUCCGUUCGUCUAUCGCUAUACCGGUUGGAAUGUUCAACGCCACCAUGUACUGGAUAAUGACUCUGAAAAAUCCCGAACUACUUGGUGCAGCAGAUUAUCCGGCUUGGCUUCAGCAUCUGUUAACCACGUCCAGUCCCAUUCUAUUAUUCUUGGACGUUAUCUGCUGCAAGGGUGAAUCCACCAAUUUGGCGGUAGCUUUGAUUGUGAUAGCAUUUUUAUCUAUGUCUUAUUACGUAUGGCUUCAUAUCAUUUAUUACUUCACAAAAACUUGGGCUGUGCCUUUCAUGACACACUACGCUCUUCCGCAAAAGGUGGCUUUAUACUUUUCCUUCCUCCUCCUAAAAUACGUAUGUUUCUUAAUAGGAUGGAUUGUCAAUGACCUGUUGUGGUGUGAAGAAUUCGUUUCGAGCAUCCCGUUUUUACGCCAUUAUUUUCCUGCCAAUUCUCGUUUAGUAUACAGAAAUGUAUCGCCUACUUCUGACAACUUGGGAAAAUUGAUCAUUCAUUCGCAAAGCUCGUUCCUAGAACGAGCGUAUAAAGCGAAAGCAGAGAGGAAAUGGUAAAAGAUGAACUUUACAUAUUUAGAAUUUUCUCAUAAUUUCGUAAUUUUUCAGAUAGAAAUUUUACUUCGCACAUAUGUAUUUUUAAAAUGGUAACAUCUGUAUGCUCGAAGAAACCGAUUGUUAACUCGCCCACUUCUCACAUCAAUAUUGUACUUAUCCCGUACUUCAUACUCGGAAGUGUUAGUAAAAUAAACAUCUCAAUAAAUUUAUAUGUAAUUGUUCUUGUAAAUCAGUAAAGUUACAAAAACCUGUUUCAAUUUCAAGCCCUUUGUUUUACUAACUUUUUUCUUACAACAUCACAUGUUUUGUUCUUGAACUAACUUUUAUAUAUUUGAUA